GGGCGCUGGUCGACUUUGAAUUUAAAGAUUCGAAUUUUGAUUUUAAUCUUGUGAGGUUUGGUUGUUUUGCAGAUUUGAUUGGGUACGUGUUGUAUACAUUCUACAUUAUACCUUUCACAAUCAUGAAGACAUCAGCCAUUCUACUUUUCGCCACCCUCGGCAUGACAUCUGCUUCCGUUCUCAGCACUACGAAUGUCGCCACCGUUCUCGCGGGAGUAACAGCCCCAUCCUCUCUCACCAUAUCGGCCGAUGCUAUGGUAGCUAUCACCAAGCUUGGUACCGGCGGUGCAAAUGCCGCUUCAUUGACCGCUGCCGAAACUGCUGCCAUCAGUGCUUGUACAGAGGCUGGUCGAGCGAACAAUACAGCUUCAAAAGCCAAUCUCAGUGAUGGAACUGGAAGUGCGGGAGCUAUUGCUUUUGUAACAAAUAAAGUUACGACUCACGCAUGCGAAACUGCAGGUCAGCAAAUAGCAUUGGUUACUUCAGGGAAGGCAGCGAGUGAUACAGAUGUUAAUCUUUUGAUAUCAAAUGUGGGAGUGCUAAAUGUAAAUACCAAGGCUGCGGGAAUUACUUCAAAGCGUGCGGUAGCGUUUGCGAGUUAAGGGGCUUUCUCUGUUUUUGUUUUAGUUUUGCAGGAAUUAUGAUAAUGAACAUGGUUUCCUAACCCCAACUCCAAAGAUUAAUUCAAAGAGGUUUUAUGAGUAUCUAUUAUUGAAUUUCGUAGAUCUUACA